CCUAGGACCCAAAAGACUAAUCAAACAUACGUAGUAGUAGUUGAUACUGGAAUAUAUAUUUUAUGUAAAGCUCUGCUUAAAUAUUCUUAUAUAAAUUCGGGUGUAAAAUUAAUAAAUACUGGAAUAUAAUUGAAGCUUGAACAAUCUUGUGUGCAAAUGGCGGAUGAAAGUCUCGAGCAAAGGCUUAUAAACGAGCAUCAACAAGAAGAAACGUUUUCUAAGAGAAACAAGGCUAGUUUUAUUACCUUGCCAUUCAUCAUAGCAAAUGAAUCAUUUGAAAAGGUAGCAAGUUAUGGAUUGACGACGAACAUGAUAGUUUAUUUGAUGAAUGAUUACAAGAUGAGCUUAGCCAAAGGCCAGAAUUUGCUCUUCUUAUGGACAGCUGCUAUCAAUUUCUUGCCUAUAGUUGGUGCUUUUGUGGCCGAUUCUUAUCUAGGCCGUUUCCUUACUAUUGGUGUUGGUUCAAUCUUCAGUCUCUUGGGGAUGAUUAUGCUUUGGAUGACAACAAUAAUCCCUGAAGCCAAAACCACAGCAGGACCGUAUGCUCUCCUUCUGUCCUCCUUUCUUUUCAUAGCAAUUGGCGCGGGUGGUGUUAGACCUUGUUCACUAGCAUUUGGAGCUGAUCAAAUAGACCAAAGAGAAAAUCACAAAAACAGGACAAUUCUUGAAACGUUCUUCAAUUGGUACUAUGCUUGUGGUUGCUUUUCUGUUGUAAUCGCGAUGACAGUAAUUGUGUACAUCCAAGAUCACUGGGGUUGGACAAUUGGUUUCGGAGUUCCAGUAAUACUUAUGUUUUUAUCAACGCUCUUCCUCUUCCUUGCUGCUCCUUACUAUGUGAUGAAUCAGGUAAAAAGAAGUCUGUUUAUCAGCCUAAUACGAGUUGCUGUUGCUGCUUUUAGAAACCGAAAAAUGAAUGUACAACCUCUAGGAUCAAGUGUUCAUCAGUACUAUCAUGAAAAAGAUUCGACAGUAAUUGUCCCAAGUGACAAAUUAAGGUGCUUAAAUAAAGCUUGUAUCAUUCAAGACCGCGAUCAAGACAUUGGUCCGGAUGGCCUGGCCAAAAAUCCAUGGACACUAUGCACGGUGGAGGAAGUCGAAGAGCUCAAGUCUCUCAUUAGAGUCCUCCCAAUUUGGUCUACAGGGGUGAUAAUGUCCAUACACGCGAGCCAGAGUUCAUUUGGUCUGCUUCAAGCGGAAUCCAUGGACAGACACCUAGGGCCGAACUUUGAAGUUCCUGCAGCCUCAUUCAUAACAUUCUCAACCAUUGUUAUUGUAUUCUGGAUUCCUAUCUAUGAUCGCGUACUCCUCCCCUUAGCGUCGUGGAUCUAUGGAAAACCCGUUACCCUUAGUGUCAAGUUGAGGAUGGGAAUAGGGCUAUUCUGUGCAUUCAUGUCUAUGUUGGUUGCUGGAAUUGUUGAGAAUGUAAGAAGGGAACGAGCCAUUGCUCAAGGAUUCGUAGAUAGUAAUGGACAGGCAGUCCUCAUGUCCGCAUUUUGGCUAGUACCCCAAUAUAUCUUCAGUGGUCUUGCUGAAGCCUUCAAUGCUAUCGGGCAAAACGAAUUCUUCUACACUGAAAUGCCGAAAAGCAUGUCAAGUAUAGCAACUUGUCUCUUUGGUGUAGGAAUGGCCGUUGCAAACUUGUUGGCUAGUUUGAUAUUUAACUUGGUGAAUGAUAUAACCAAGAGAGAAGAAGAGAGUUGGGUUUCAAGUGAUGUUAACAAAGGUCAUUAUGACUAUUAUUAUUGGUUUUUAGCUACAAUAUGCUCCUUCAAUAUGUUGUAUUAUAUGAUCUGUAGUUGGUGUUAUGGACCUGUUGCAGGAGAAGUUUGAUAAAUUAUUCACUGUAUUUACCAAACAAAAUAUUUGGAGUUUGGUAUGCAAGUAUACUGAUAAAUGUAUAUGUAUAAUAAUUGGUUGUAUUACUUGUAUAUGAUGAAUAAAUUAUCAUAUUAUAUAAUACCAUACAUCCUGUAUUUUGACCAAGGGAUGUUUGGUAUGUGGGAAUUAGUGCUGAGACUUCCAAGUGUAGUGAAAUCUCAUAUUUGUUGCCUUAGCUUGUAGUUAUGUAGAAAUGGGAUAUAUAAGGGGAAGAGAAUUGAGAAUAAUAGACGCUUGUCUAUCUUCUCUAAAUUUUAUAGAAGGAAAUUGGUGAUUACAUAGUACCUUUGAAAUUGAGAAAGUGUAAAUAGUAAGUUCAGUAACUUGUCUGUUAUAGUUA